AUGGUGACGCGCUAUUCCGCCGCUGCUGCCGUCGCAGUCAAUGCGCCCAGAGAUCCCAAUACCCUGAGCAAUUACCACAACUUCCUGACCACGCACACGACGGCCAACUUUGAGCUUGAUUUCGCCAAGAAGAGGCUUCUGGGAAACGUCGUAUUGCGAUUGAAGAGCUUGACGGACAAGGAAGCCGAUGAGGUGGUGUUGGAUACAAGCUUUCUUGACAUCAAGGAUGUCAAGGUCGACGGCAAAUCCGCGAAGUGGGAUCUCGCCGCUAGGGCAGAGCCUUACGGCAGCCCUCUGUUCAUCAAGCUCGGCAAAGGAGUCGAGAAGGAUGAGCACAUUGCUAUCGACAUUUCCCUUAGCACUACCGAGCAGUGCACUGCCCUUCAGUGGAUGACGCCUGAGCAGACUUCGAACAAGAAGCAGCCCUACAUGUUCUCGCAAUGCCAGGCCAUUCACGCUAGGUCUGUUCUUCCUUGCCAGGAUACACCUGACGUCAAGUCCACGGUUGAUUUCAACAUCCGUUCUCCUCUUCCGGUGCUGGCCAGCGGCCUCCCCACUGGUGCCAAGGACUUCCAGCCGGGCAAGGAUGGAGCCCCCGGCACCUUGCUUUACACGUUCAAGCAAGAAGUACCAAUUCCCGCCUACCUCUUUGCUCUUGCUUCUGGCGAUCUUGCCAGCGCCUCCAUUGGACCCCGUAGCACUGUCUGGACCGGCCCCGAGGAGCUGAUUGCGUGCAAAUGGGAGCUUGAGAAUGACAUGGAGAAGUUCCUCGAGGCUGCGGAGAAGAUCGUGUACGAAUAUGCCUGGACCACCUACAACGUCCUUGUUCUCCCCAACAGCUUCCCUUAUGGAGGAAUGGAAAACCCCAUCUUUACAUUCGCGACACCGACCAUCAUCAGCGGAGACAAGCAGAACAUCGAUGUCAUCGCCCACGAGCUUGCCCACAGCUGGAGCGGAAACCUUGUCAGCAACGCUAGCUGGGAGCACUUCUGGCUCAACGAAGGCUGGACCGUUUACCUCGAGCGCAGAAUUAUUGCUGCUAUCCAUGGAGAGCCUCACAGGGACUUCUCUGCCAUCAUCGGCUGGAAGGCUCUGCAGGAUUCCGUUGAAAGAUUCGGUCGUGAUCAUGAAUACACCAAGUUGGUCAUGGACCUCAAGGGCAAGGACCCCGAUGACUCCUUCUCGUCUGUCCCGUACGAGAAGGGCUUCAACUUCCUCUAUUACCUCGAGAAGUUGAUUGGCAGAGAAAAGUGGGACAAGUUCAUCCCGCAUUACUUCAACAAGUACAAGUACAAGUCCCUCGACUCGUACGACUUCAAAGCCACUCUCAUCGACUUUUUCGCGUCCGACAAGGACGCCAAUGCCAAGCUCGAGUCCCUCGACUGGGACACUUGGUUCUACGCCCCCGGCUACCCUCCCAAGCCUAACUUCGACGACUCUCUUGUCAAGGUCUGCUACGAGCUGGCCGACCGCUGGGAGGCGGCCAACAAAGCGGGCGAUGUCUCUGUCUUCAAACCCACGUCUGACGAUAUCGCAAGCUGGACCGGCAACCAGGUCGUCGUGUUCCUUGAGAAGAUCCAGACAUGGGACGAGCUGCUCAAGCCCGACUUCGUCGAGGUCAUGGGUCAGAACUACCGCUUCCAGUCCAGCUCCAACGUGGAGAUCGUGUCGAGAUUCCUGACCCUUGGUCUGAAGAGCAAGACGAUCAGCACAUACCAGCCGACGGUCGAGCUGCUGGCAGUGGUGGGCCGGAUGAAGUUUGUGCGGCCGCUGUACAGGGCGCUCAAUGAGGCAGAUUCCGCGCUGGCGAAACAGACGUUUGAGCGGAACAAGGACUUCUACCAUCCCAUCUGCAGGGCGAUGGUGGAGAAGGAUCUGUAUGGUGAUCAGUAA